UGUCGGUGCCACCGCAAAUUAUUCCGACUCAUUUCCUCGGAUACCAAUUUCUUCUUGAGCCCUAUACCUGACGCAUUGAAAUUGAUUCCCGAGGCCACUCUCCGAAUACCUCUUCUCCUCGCCGACCGUCGCAAUGGCGAAUCUCCCGGCUCACGCCUCUCCCAAACUCGCCCCGCACUCUCCUAUUCCGACCGACCGACCAGACGACCUCGCAGAUGAUGCGAGUCAGGGAAGUGGCAUCGCGACUGGCGAACAGACUCCUGCCCUCCCGAACUCGAUUCUAUCGCCCGCAUUUACUCCACCCGCGACUCCCGGCGGCACAUUGAACCUGACUUCCAACCCGACACAGUUCUUGCACGACAGCCAAGCAGCGAGUAUUCGACGCCAGGGGGAACAUAAGAAAGCACCUAAGCUGCUGGAGCAGCUGCCCAACGUGGAAUGUAUUGUUCGAGCUCGCAUCCCGACUACCAACGGUGCGGAGAUGUUCUUGCAUCUUUACCACAACGACAUCGAUAAUAAGGAGCAUUUGGCUAUCGUCUUUGGAUGCAAUAUCCGCAGUCGGAGCUUGGAUCGUGUUCGACCUGGUGAAACCGAGAUGGACCGCAUGAUCCGAGGCGCAUAUGUGGGCAAAUUGCAUCCCGGGAGAACUAGCAGCUGGUACGAUGAUGACAAGAACACGGAAUCAUCAUCGAGUUCACGUAUGGAACCCCCGCUGGUUCGGAUCCAUUCAGAGUGUUAUACCGGCGAGACGGCAUGGUCGGCUCGGUGCGACUGUGGUGAACAGCUGGACGAGGCUGCGCGGUUGAUGUCCUUCCCGGUCGAGGAUCUUUCGUCCGAUGCCCCACCCGAGGCACAAUCCUUGCGAUCACAAUCCGCGGGAGGAGUAAUUGUCUAUCUACGACAGGAGGGCCGUGGUAUUGGCUUGGGUGAGAAAUUGAAGGCAUACAAUCUGCAAGAUCUGGGAUCCGAUACCGUUGAGGCCAAUCUGCUGCUGCGCCACCCGGCCGAUGCCCGGAGCUAUGGCUUGGCUACGGCGAUGCUAAUGGAUCUUGGCUGCGGCGCCGAUGUGAACCCCGAUGGUGUACGCCUGCUUACGAAUAACCCGGACAAGGUACGGGCAAUUGAAGGACCUAACCGGGAGGUAUUGGUCAAGGAGCGUGUUCCUAUGAUUCCAUUGGCCUGGCGGACAGGGGGAGAACGCGGAAUCAAGAGUUCCGAGAUUGAAGGUUAUUUGAGAACGAAGAUUUCCAAAAUGGGCCAUAUGAUUCAAUAAUCGGUAGACUUGGCACUUUCAUUAAGUUUCAUUCGGUUCACUUCUCUCGCUUUCGGCUUUCUCGCUCUCGUGUUGAGGGGAUCAUUUGCCGAUAUUCAACUUUCAGUUUCCCAGGGAGUUUUGGUGGCUUCUUCUUUUUUCUUUUUCCUUUUCAUUAUUUGGGACUUCUCCCUUGUCCACACGAUCGACAUGACCAUUCUUUCUUCAUUGUUGUCAUUAUAUUUUUGCAUAGUUCCGUUCGGAUGACCCGGGCGGCCGUGUACAUGAUCGUUAUUUCGAUGCGUAUUUAAGCGAUACGUGUAUUAUGAUGCUGGUGAUCUACUG